UUCCGGUUGUACAGUUGGCCAGACUGCUCAGAUUGUACUGAACAGAGUUGCGCUGCCAUAUUUUCUUGUCGAUUUGGCUUGGCGCCUUUCCUGUAUUGGUUGUUCAGUAGUGGUGAUAGUGUGUUACACGUUUCAAAAUGGCUGGUGGUAAAGCGGGUAAAGAUUCUGGCAAAGCUAAGGCGAAAGCGGUAUCCAGGUCAGCUAGGGCGGGAUUGCAGUUCCCGGUCGGAAGAAUCCAUAGGCAUCUUAAAAAUAGGACAACAAGCCAUGGGCGUGUUGGAGCCACAGCAGCCGUAUAUUCCGCAGCUAUUCUGGAAUAUCUUACCGCCGAGGUUUUGGAGUUAGCGGGUAAUGCGUCCAAAGAUCUCAAAGUAAAACGUAUCACACCGAGGCAUCUUCAGCUGGCCAUUAGAGGAGAUGAGGAACUGGACAGUCUGAUCAAAGCCACCAUUGCCGGAGGUGGUGUUAUACCACACAUUCACAAAUCGCUCAUCGGUAAAAAAGGUGGACCAGGAGCACCCGUCUAAUUAAGGAUAACUACAGGCUACAACAUUCUCACUGCAUUUGACCCGGACCCAAUAUCUGCAUUGUAACUUGAAUUGGCCAACUGGUAAACAUAGUUUUCUGUAUAGGUAGUGAUGUGGACUCUUUAACAGUGGAAGUGAUUUCUCAAAACUGGUGAUCCGGACUAAAUAAACACUAGCUAUAAGAAUUAGACAUAUUUAGUAAUAAGGAGAUUUAAAUAAUAUGAUUAGAAUUAAGAUUUAAUUUUUUGGUUCAGUAAUAAUAAUAAUACAUUACAACGUUUAUUUCGCUAGACAUCAUGUUCGUUUGAUCCAGCCGAUACUAAAAUUAUUGUGCUGACAGUUUGUUAUAUGCAAGAGGCUGCAACGUCUGUAGUUGCAGUGUUCUAAUUUUACUCUUAAAACUGUAUUGCAAUUGUUUUAGCUCUAAGCUGUCUUAGUAUAAUUUGCAAGAUUUUGUAUUUUUUUAAGUGACAUUCUAGCUGAGGUAUAUUGUUCUAAUCUAAAUAGUAAUUUGGUAUGAUUGAACUGUUAAAAGUUGUAAGAAAUGUAUUUUGAUCUUUGAAAUAUAUUGAGGAAAACUUAUGUUUGUUUAUUCUAAAA